CUGUACUGCUGUGGUGUGUAGUUUCAUGUUUGAAACAAUUAGAAAAACAAGGAUUUGACCAGCAAGCUUAUUUUAUAGAUUAUUUUAGGAAAUAUAUUUACUAAAUAUUAAAAUACCAAUUCUGGACAACAGGUUUGAAAAUGAACUGGACAUUGAUCCUCCUCCUUGGUAGCUCCUUAGCUGGGACUGUCUUCUGCUGGACAUAUCAUUACUCAAACAAAAUCAUGAACUGGACCCAGGCCCGACAAUGGUGCCAGACCAAUUAUACAGACAUGGUGGUCAUCCAAAGCCAGGCGGAGAAUGACUAUUUGGUCUCAAAGCUGCCAAAUUUAACUUCUAGUCCAUAUUAUUGGAUUGGAAUCACUAAACAGAACAAGAAUGACACAUGGACCUGGAUUGGGAAUAACAGCACAUGGAUUGGUAACGAGUCAUGGGCAGUAAACGAGCCCAACAAUAACCACAUCACCGAGUUUUGUGUGGAGAUCUACGUGAACAACAGAGAUAACCGAGGGAAGUGGAAUGAUGAGAAAUGCAGCAAUAAAAAAUAUGCAGUUUGUUAUAAAGCCCAAUGUAAUACAACAUCAUGUGACAGAGGAACAUGCCAGGAGACCAUAAACAACAUAACCUGCCUCUGUGAACCUGGCUUUGAGGGAGACAGGUGCCAAACAGCCAAAUGUCAUGCAACAUUAUGUGACAGCGAAAGAUGCCAAGAGACCAUAGACAACAUAACCUGUCUAUGUGAACCUGGCUUUGAAGGAGAUAGGUGCCAAACAGCUCUGGAAUGCCCCGCUUUGUCUCAGCCUGAUAACGGAUACCUUAGCUGCUCAGAAGAAAACCAGUCAUUCAACUCAACCUGUCAAUUUUUUUGCCACCCUGGCUUCCUGAUGAUAGGCUCGCCGGUAGUCUCUUGUGGGUUGACCGGUGUCUGGAGCGGCCCAAGGCCUACAUGUGCAAGCUACAAAAAGGCUCUGCUCGCUGUAGCUGGGUGUGGAGCAUUCUCUGUCUUCUGCUGCAUCUGUUUUUGCUGGAUGAAACAAAGAAAAAGAAAGAAACUUGCCCAAGUAAGGCAGCCUGAAGAAGCAUCAGGUCCAUCCAGUGUGGCUCAGGGAUGAAGAACAACUGGAAGCUCAUCACCCAAAUGCCUUUUUUUCCCUAAUAUACUGUUUGUUAAAGCUUCAGUUGGUUGUACUGGCUGGAUAUAAACUGUGGUGUGUUUGUGCAAGUGAUGGUUUGUUAUCAAUUCAUGCAUAUGUAAACUCAAAACAUUCAUUAAAUAACAUUAGAGUUGCA